GAGCUAUGUAUAGUAUACACGCCUGUAGGGAGUGUUUGCAAAUGUUAUUAGCAGCAGCAGUAAAGUAACGGUGUGAAACUAAAGAUUACAUAUGCAUUCACAAAUAAAUAAAUUAUAUCUUUGACAGAAACGGAGCGAAGCGAUUUCGAAGUAGAUGCAAUGCUGUUUUAAAGAAAUCACCUUGUGUUAGAUAAAAAAAAAAAAAAAAGUGUAAGAUUUUACAGUAGUCAACUGACGUUGAUAAAUUAUAGUUUAUAGUGGAUGUCAUUUCUAUUUCAACCUCACCGCACUAAAAGGAAACUAAAUAUGGACUCUGAUUGAAUCAUUGUAUUCUCUUAUUUUUUUUUAACUCAUAUUACUUUCCUUUUUAUUUUUCUGAACGAUUUUACAUCAACUCACUACAGAGACAUACAUAUGGAUGAAUCUGUACAUAGAUAUAUGUCUCUCUUAAAUGUGCGUGUAGACGUGAUGCUAUUUUAAUGUGAAAAAGAGCAUCUCUUGAAAAGCACGAGUUGUUUGCUCCUAGUAAGGCCAACAGUGAAAUCGAAAACUAGCGAAGACAGAAAGACACAACUAGAGAAAGACAGGGAAGUACAGCUCAAUUGAUGAGACGUGAGUGAGGGAAGGAUAGGUAGAUAUUUCUUUAAUGAUUUCGCUAAAAAAAAAGACUCGUUAUUGGAUUGAUUACUAGAUGAUUAGAUAAAUGAUAGAGUGGAGAGAAAGAAAGAGUAAGCUUUUCUUUACCGUUGGAUUGUUUUCGUUUAGUAUUUUGUAUAUCUGUUUAUUCUAUUCAGCAUUAUUGCAUUCCAAUUUAAUUAAUCCAGAUUGUCUAAAAUAGGAAUGCCAACAACCAAGAGAACUGUCCUUGUAACAGGCUUCGGGCCUUUUGGAGUACACAAAGUCAAUGCCAGUUGGGUUGUAGUACAACAUGUAGCCAAACUAGGCCUUGGUGAUGAUGUCUGCCUUAUUGUUAAAGAAGUACCUGUAGCUUAUAAAAGUGUUAAAACUGAUAUUCCCUUGUUAUGGUCUGAAUUCAAUCCUGUGUUGGUAAUCCAUGUUGGUGUGUCAGGUAUUGCCAACACAUUGACUUUAGAGCAAAUUGCCCACAAUGAUGGUUAUUUUCUUGAUGACAUCAAUGACUACCAUCCAGAGAAUAACAAAUGUGUUGAAGGUGCUGAAGACACUAUCAGCUCUGAGAUCAAUAUGCAGCUGAUCUGUGAUGCUGUUAAUAAUUCUGACAAAUUUACUGCAGUUGUGUCUGAAGAUGCUGGACGUCACUACACUGUGGCCAUGGUGGGGCACCACCUUGAAGAGCUCUUCGUUGAAUGAAUCAACCCCAGUACUUUUUUUUUUUCAAAACCUGGUACUUAUUUUACUGGUCUCUUUUUGCCAAAUUGCCAAGUUACGGAGAUGCAAACGAAUUAAUACCAGUUGUCAAGCAGUGGUGGAGGGACAAACACAUACACACACACACACAUACACACAUAAUGGGUUUCUUUCAGUUUCUGUCUACCAAAUCCACUGACAAGGCUUUGGUCAGCCUGAGGCUAUAGUAGAAAACACUUGCCUAAGGUACUAUGCAGUGCCUCUGAACCCGCAACCAUGUGGUUGGAAAGCAAGCUGUUUACCACACAGCCAUGCCUGAAUUAUUCAGUGUGCAAUCUGCUGGGUAUAACAGUGGAAAUUACUUUUUCAUAGUACUUAUUUACAGUGAAGCUAAAUAAAUUCAGCCAUUGAAGGCUAAGUAUACUGGGGUUGGGGUGAGGUUCAGUAAUGGACUACAAACCAACAAACAAUAUUUGGUACAUUGGUAUGUUGCUGCAAUUUUAACUCUGUUUAUAUAGUCAGGAUCAACUCUAUACAACAAAAUAGAAAUAACUGUGUUAAUAAUAGACCAGUGACAGGCAUGUGGCUUAGUGGUGAGGGGUAUUUGUCUCAUGGUCAUAAGGUUGUGAGUUUGAUACCAGGCAGCACUUUGUCUUUGAUCAAGAGGCUUUAUUUCUCAUUGCACCAGUCCAAAAAUGAGUUGGACCUGUAUUUCAAAGGGUAUAGCCUGGUCACAUUCUGUGUCACAUUGAAUCUCCCUGAUAACUACGUUAAAGGUAUGUGUGUCUGUGGAGUGCUUAACCACUUGUGUGUUAAUUUCACAAGCAAGCUGUUCCAUUGAUUGGAUCGACUGGAACUCUCACUGUUGCAACCACUUGAGAGUAAUAGACCAUGUAUCAUCAUCAUCAUCAUCAUCAUCGUUUAACAUCCACUUUCCAUGCUGGCAUGGGUUGGACGGUUUGACUGAGGGCUGGCAAGCCAGAAGGCUGCACCAGUCUCCAAUCUAAUCUGGCAAUGUUUCUACAGCUAGAUGCCCUUCCUAAUGCCAGCCACUCCAAGAGUGUAGUGGGUGCUUUUACAUGCCACUGGCACGAGGGCCAGUCAGGCGGUACUGGCAUCAGCCAUGCUCAAAUGGUGCUUUUUACUUACCACCUGCACAGGAGCCAGUCCAGCAGUACUGGCAACGACCACGCUUGAAUGGUGCUUUUUUUACAUGCUACUUGGCAAGGGAACCAGUCAGCGGCCCUGGCAACAAUCAUGCUCGAAUGGUGCUUUUAACAUUCCACUGCCACAGGUACCAGUCAGGUGGUAUUGUCAUCAGCCAUGACAGCGAUUUCACUUGCCUCAACAGGUCUUUGUAAGCAUAGUUUAUUGUCCAAUGAUUGAUAGGUACUCUUAAAUAGGCUGGUUAUAGAGUACUGGCAUAGGCCACAGGUUAUGGUCUCACUUGGCUUGCCGAGUGUUCUCAAGUACAGCAUAUCUCCAAAGGUCUCGGUCAGAAGUCAUUGCUUUGGUGAGGCCCAAUAUUUGAAGCUUGUGCUUCAACACCAGGUCUUCCUGGGUCUACCUCUUCUGCAGGUUUCUUCAACUGCUAUGGUGUGACACUUUUUCACACAGCUGUCCUCAUCCAUUCACAACACAUGACCAUACCAGCGCAGUCGUCUCUCUUUCACACCACAUCUGAUGCUUCUUAAGUCCAACUUUUCUCUCAAGGUGCUUACACUCUGUUGUGUAUGCACACUGACAUUACUCAUCCAGUGGAGCAUACUGGCUUCAUUCCUUGCAAGCUUACGUAUGUCUUCAGCAGUCACAGCCCAUAUUUCACUGCCAUGUAACAUAGCUGUUCGCACACAUGCGUCAUACAGUCUCCCUUUUACUCUGAGCGAGAGGCCCUAUGUCACCAGCAGAGGUAGGAGCUCUCUGAACCUUGCCCAGGCUAUCCUUACUCUACCAGCUACACUUUCAGAGCAUCCACCCCCACUACUGACUUGGUCACCUAGGUAAUGGAAGCUAUCAACUACUUGUAGCUUUCCCUGACAUGUGAUGGAAGCUGUUCUUUGCACGUUUUCAGUGUUUAUUGCUCCUGAGCAUUUGCCACACACAAAAAACUAUCUUCCCAGUUAGCCUUCCUUCAAUAUUGCUGCACCUCUUAUGUGUCCAUAGCUUAACAAUAAUUCUGUAGAAGUUCGUCUGAUGCUAGAAACAAUAAUCCACUUAAAACUCCUGAAAAAAUAAAAUAUUCAUUAUUUCUCACAUUGGCAUAAGACUGUGAAUCUAUAACGAAGUUGUUUAGUCACUGAAAUAAGCCCAAGUAUACAACAAGUAAUUUAUUUUAUGAAUUGUAGAGGGUUAAGAAGCAAAUCAGACUUCUAUGAGGUUUCGACCUGGAUGGUAAUUAAAUAUAGAUACUCAGUCCUUUUGUUCUUGCUAUCAUGUCAACAGCAUGUGUGCUAUGAUGAUGAUGAUUCAUAAAACCAUACACCUUAAAAACCCAUGUAAUUUGCACACCUGUAUAAUUUACGCAGGUGAUUUUCAGGAUAAUAUUUGUUAAAAAAAAAAGCUUCUACUUAUGCAAAAUUCUCACCUAAAAAUUUUGAGAAUUGCUGAUGUAGCCAGGGGAAAAAGAUUUUCAAUUUAGUUGUAUGUAGCAUAAUUUCACUUACUUCUGAUUAGAUUUUAUUAAAUUUUCAUGAAAUAAAAAUAAUUUCUGUUUAAACAGGUAUCACAUUGAAAGCUAUUAAAUUACGAAGUGUUUGUGUUGUUUAUAAUAAACUUUGUUUUACAUUUCUUGCCGACAAGAGAUUAUGUUCGAUCUUUAGCAUACAUCUGUAUGACUUCUCAAAUCACGAUCACAGGAAAAGUUGUUGAUGAGAAUUACCAACAAAAGCAAAGCUGAUAAAUACCCACAGGUUUUGCAAAUUAAGUUUAAUUACCAAUAAACAUCUGCUUGGAUGACACUUUACUCAACCAACAGAGGAAGGUGACUGAUCAAGCUGAUUAUGUAAACAGAAUUCUUUUCCAUCUAUUCUUGUCAGAACCUUUGAUGUAGAGUAUCGAAAUUUUAAUCCCUUUCACACAUAAAAUGUCAAGCAAACUUAAAACUUUAUCGUUACCGUUAUUGUCAGUAUGGGCAGAACUUAUGAAUCGUUUACUGUGAAGGAAAAAUUAAAUAUGUGCUCCAUUGCGAUAGGUAGAAACUCCAAGCAAUGUAAAAUAUGGCCCAGACCAUGUUUACCAGCAUCAACGUUUGAUUUCAAAAACUAGUUAACCAUUUUGUGGUUUUUGUAAAUUUAUACAGAAAAAGUAAGCAUCAUACUGUCCAGCAUAUAUUAAAGUCAACUUCAUUAUUGCUAUUUAAGCCAUUAUUUUUUCUGUAAAAACCUUUUCUGAUAUUAAAUGAGUCAACUUCCGGUAUGAAUAUUUACACUUUGUACAUUUUUUUCCAACAAAAUAAAUUCCAAAACAAAUUCUGGAAAUGAUCUACUCAUGUAAUUUAUGCAACCCCUAAAGUUUAUCUUUACAUUUGCGAAAAAAAGUGCAUAAAUUACAUUAGUUUUUACAGUAUACAUAUAUAUGUGCAGACAUUGCUUCCCAACUACUUGGUUCCAGGUUCAGUCCCACUGUGUGGAACCUUAGGCAAGGGUCUUCUUCUAUAGCUUCAGGCUGUAAGUUGAUUUGGUAGGCAGAAACUGAAAGAAGCCGGUCAUAUGUGUGUGUGCGUGUGCGUAUAUAUAUAUAUAUAUAUAUAUAUAUGUAUGUAUGUAUGUAUGUAUGUAUGUAUCUAUGUGUGUGUGUCUUUGUGUUUGUGUUUGACCUCCUCCACUACUUGACAACCAGUGUUGGUGCAUUUACAUCCUUGUAACUCAGUGAUUCAGCAGAAGAAACCUGUGGGUUAAGUACCAGGCCUUAAAAAAUAACUCCUGGGCACCCCAGCACGGCCACAGUCAAAUGACUGAAACAAAUAAAAGAUAAAAGACAUAUUUUUAAUUCAGAA